AAAAACUUCCUCAUAAAUACGAAUGGAAAGAUUGUAAUUUGGAUUUGAUUCCACAUUUAACCGAAGAAUUGGUACCCUUCAAUAUGGAAUUGUUGGAAAAGUACUUUUCUACCAGCAAAUUUGAAGUUUAUAUAAAUAUUGUCAGACUUUUCUUCGAGGAUGAAGAAUUAGAUCUUUGGAAACCGUGA